CGCCAGUCGGAGCAGCCAGACGAGCCCGUUACUGAAGAUACUCCAAGCUCGCCCCUGAGCUCCUUCAGUCACCCGCACAGCCUCCGGCAGGGCGCGGCUCGUGGCACGCGAAGUGCGCAUCGCAAAGAGCUUGUCUCCGCUUUUGCCUGGGAGGCCUUAGCCAUUGAGAAAGCGAGGACCGGGGAGCUUCCAACCUCAUCCGGAAACAGUAAAGGCCAGCAACAACACCCAGUUGCCGCUGCACUUCCAAGGACACCUCGAGUCAAGAUGUCACGGAAUCGUCCAAGGGGCCCUCCCGUGCCUAGAGACAAUGGUCUUGCGGCCAAUGAGGAGACUGACAUGUGGAACAAGAUCCUCCAGGACCUAAGGAAGGCAAAGGAGAAGAACGAUAAGCAAAAGUCAUUAGCCGAGCAGAUAUCCACUUUAAAUGAGAAGAUUGGCAAAGAGGGUGGGAGACCAAGUCUACACGAGCAUAAUCAGCUGGACAGUCUUUACCGGCAGAUGCUCAAGCUCUGUGAAGACGAGAGAGCCAUUCUUCAAGAUGAGCCGAGUGAUGUGAUCAAGAACUUGGGACUCCUGACAGCACUUCGUCAGGCAUCUGAAGCAGAGGCGCCCCUUAACCGUGCGGCGUCUCUUGGGAAGUCUCGUAAGAAGAGAAAUGAUAUGGAUGGGUCAGCUACGGACUCGCCGGGGCCUUCGGGUGCCUCCCUGUCCGACAAAGCCAGCCGUAUCAAGGGAGGCAUCCAGCGUGGCUCCAGCGUGUCAAGUAACCAGGCUCGUGAGAGUCGCGAAGGUCGAGAUGUCCACAUCAAAGUGGAGGAAGGGGCGGAAGGCACUAAGGGUACACUCGCGGAGCGCAGCGGACACUUAGUGAUUGGCGCAGAAGUUGUCUUCAAGCAUAACAAGAACAAGCAAGGGGUUGAAGGCGAGGGGAUCCAGUGCAUCAUCAAAGGGAUUUCUGGCGAUGGGCACAAGAAGCGGUAUGAUGUGCAGGAUCCUGAGCCGAAUGAAAAUGGCGAACAGGGCGCGGUUUACAGAACCACCGCUGUAUCUUUAAUCCCAAUACCGCAGAUUGGAACCGCAUUACCAAGUUUUCCGGUAGGAAAACAAGUUUUGGCAAGAUACCCGGAUACUACGACCUUCUACCGAGCCGAAGUGAUGGGCUCCAGAAAGGACGCCUAUCGCCUCAAAUUUGAAGGUGAAGAAGAUGACAAGGAGAUGGAAGUGGACCGUAGGUUUGUCCUCGACAUUCCCGGGAAGUAAAGGCAGCAGGGACGCACCAAAGAUUCCGAGGGAAAAAGUGAAGUUAAAAAAGAAGAAAAAAGAAAACAACAACAGCACGAGCACGACCACCAUCUAUUGGAACCGUGAGUAUUCGGAGAUUAUGAUGAUACCCUUUGAACUAAAUUGAUAUAAUCCCAAAGAAGGAGCCGGGCACGGCAUAGAAAUGUCCUCGCUAUUGACUGUUGGUCAAAGUUAAUUCGCAGUAUUGGAUAGAAUUGCCUACUACCUAGCUAGCACCUAUGGGAAUAAAUGAUAUUGAUCAAAU